AUGUAUGAGAGGGCACAUGCGUUCGGCCACCCAAGCUUUGUGAGCUGCGUGGCGAUCAACGAGUGCUUCGUUGUCACUGGGGCCGCGGACUCCUACGUGAGGGUAUGGGCUCUAGCGACUGGGGCCCUCAAGGCGACGCUGGGACCCCACCAAGACCACGUUACGGGCGUUGCGAUCACUGCGAGUCGCCUCGUCAGCUGCUCCCGUGAUCAUGCGGCUCGGGUGUGGUCCUUGGACCAGGAUGCAUUCCCACUGCGGACGGUGCUGGAGGGGCACACAGGCUACAUCAUCAACGUCUGCAUGAACAACCACUAUGUCGUCACGGCAUCCUCUGACUGCACUGCGCGUGUCUGGGCUGGGUCUGACGGAUCGCUCAAAGCAACGUUGAAGGAACAUAAGAAGCCCGUCGCGUGCGCCUGCCUGAGCGGCAGUGACAUUGUGACGGGAUCCGUCGACUGUACGGUCAGGGUUUGGUCGAAUCCGCACCCUCCUCACGAUGGCAUGGGUCGGUGGUCUUGGCGUUCCAGGCUGACCUUAGAGCACCCCAAGACUGUGCUGGGGGUGAGUGCGAGCGGCGAUCUCUUGGCAACUGGCUCGGACGACUACAAGGUCAGAGUCUGGUCCUUGCUGGAUGGAUCCUUUAGAUGGUCCCUGUCUAGCAGAGGUGUGUAUCGCACCAAGGACUUGAGCGCAAUGACGUUCCAGGGAGACACCAUAAUUGCCAAGGGAGCAAAAGGCGCGGUCUGCAUUUGGGUGUUGCAGGAUGGUAAAGCUGGCCGCCGUGAGGCGAGUCGCAUGAAACCAGACCCUGAUCACACGUUUUACGUUCCGAAGGUUCCCGGUCAAGCAGUAGAGCUCGAGAGCAUCAAUCAGAAAUGUUUGGCCUCGCACCGGCAUUACCUUGUUACUGGGGCUGGCAGGACUGCCGUGGUGUGGGUCACGGAGCCCGGCCAACGCCGGGCCGCAUCUGAGAAUCUUGGUGUCUCGCUUAGAUUUUUGCUGGAGGAGUUCGGGCCUGCUGCCAGCAGCGCCACAGGCCUAGCAGACCCAACGUUCCGGGAGGUAAUGGACGCUUUCUGGACCGGGCCCCGAGCAAAGUGCUGCUGGGACUGCGAUCGGCAAGAGUGCCCUCGAGACGGCAAGCCUGGCUGCAGCAUCGCCGAUGCACUUGUGCAGACGGGUGCUGCCGGCAAGGCCACGCAUUUUUUGAGUUGGACUUGGAGCUACAGGGUCUCCACCAUGACCACAGCUCUGCGAAGAUGGGCGUCCAAGACUUGCGCCGAUCCCGACCAGACUUUUAUUUGGAUUUGCUUUUUCGUGAACAACCAGUAUCGCAUUUUGUUGGAGAAGUCUGUUGUGGGAUCGGACGACCUGGGCAAUGUCUUUUCUGCGAGACUGCUGCGUUGCGGCCGCGCCCUCGUUCUGCUGGACAGCUUUAGAGAGCCCCUGUACGUACGACGUGUUUGGUGUGUUUACGAGAUCUUCCAGGCCACCUGUCAACGCAUACCAGUGGAGGUCAUUCUGCCCGACCGCGCCUUCGAUGAUCUCAAGGAUCACCUGAGGCAUGGACGCCUCGACGAGAUCACCAGGAGCCUGACAGACAUCAGCGUCGAGGACGCGUCGGCCUGGUCCCAGGAGGACGAGACGAACAUCAAGCGGCAGAUACGCGAGACCACAGGCUACGGCAGGGUGAACGACGCCGUGCAGGGCUUCCUGUCCUCGUGGAUGGUGGACUCCUUCCGGGCGAUCCUGGAGCAGGCCGCAGAAGACGACCCGCCGCCCACCCGCAGGGCGGAGGAGGGCACGCGGCCCUGGAGGCCGGCGGGUGGCAGGCCAUCCGGGACCUGCAGCUGCAGCUCUGCGACUGCCGGCAGCGCCUCGCGGCGCAGGACGAGGAGCUCCGCCGCAGGGCCGAGCUGCUCGCGGAGAGGGACCUGGAGGUCCAGAGGCUCCAGGCUGCGCUGGCCAGGUACGCCCCCGCCGGCUCGGGCGCGGUGGCGGUGCGCUCCCGGGCGUCGGCCUCCGACGCCCCGGCGGCCUCCGACGGCGGCGGGCGCUCGGCCUCCUCGUCGCGGGCGGCCUCGUCGCGGGGGGCCUCGUCGCGGGGGGCCUCGCCGCCGGGCGCGGGCAGCGGCUCGGGCUCCGAGGGCGGGUAGGACGCCGCGGGCCGGCGGGUGCCGAAGGACGGGCGGGCGGAUGCCGCGGACCCGAGGCGCGCCCAGGUUUAUGUCGGGUUUCCGAAGGACGGGGGGGUGCAGGGCCCCAGCAGCGGGGGCCCUGCCAGGACGCAGCCCCGCCGCCUACAUCGUGACGUCGCGGGCAGCGGAGGUGUGCAGGGAUCUUUCUCCGCUCGGCACCACGGCCACGAGCACCGGCUAUACGUGGGAGCCUGGCUUCUGCGAGAGAUGCGGAGGCCCAACCUGUUCCCGGGCGCUGUCCGAGAAUAAGUCAAAUUCAUGGCGCACGGCAAGUUCGUGCCGUGUUUGA